AUAUAUAUAGUAGAAGAAACUAUUCACUUAUUAUUAACAAGAAAAUAUUAGAAAAUUGAAUAAGUGGGAAUGGAUAGUAAGUUUGUUGUUCAGGUUCUACUCAUGUUGAAUCUUGUUAUUAUGAUAUUAUUCUCAAAAGCAAAGAGUGAUAGUGGUGGAUAUGGUGAUGAAAAUGGUGGUGUUAGUGUUGGUGUAGGUGUUGAUGUUGGUGUUGGUGUUGGGUUUGGUGUAUACAAAGACGCUUGCCCAGAAGCUGAAGAUAUCAUCUUUUCUUUGGUCAAAAGGGCAGUUAUGGAGGACUCUAGAAUGGCUGCUUCCCUACUUCGUCUCCACUUUCAUGACUGCUUUGUCAAUGGGUGUGAUGGUUCAGUGUUGUUAGAUGACACUAACAACUUUGUUGGAGAAAAAACAGCAGCACCAAACCGCAACUCCUUAAGGGGUUUUGAAGUAAUUGAUGCUAUCAAAUCAGAGCUUGAAUCCUUUUGCCCUGCAACCGUUUCUUGCGCCGACAUUCUCGCUGUCGCCGCCAGGGACUCUGUCCUUCUGUCAGGUGGACCGAGUUGGGAAGUUCAAAUGGGAAGGAAAGACAGCCUAAGUGCUAACAAAGCAGCAGCAAACAACAACAUCCCAGGCCCAAACUCCACUGUUCCAUUACUUCUCUCAAAGUUUCAGAAUGUAGGCCUUGAUCUCAAGGACAUGGUUGUUCUCUCUGGGGCACACACAAUGGGAAAGGCGAGAUGCUCUUCGUUCAGCGCACGGCUGCUAGACACCACUGAUGGAUCUCCAGCCUUUAUUCAAUCCCUUCAACAGCUGUGUUCGGGUUUUGGAAAUGGCGGCGGCAGCAGCAGCAGCAUUCUAGCCCAACUCGACCUUGUAACGCCAGCAACUUUCGACAACCAGUAUUAUGUGAACCUCAUCUCAGGAGAGGGAUUGCUUCCAUCAGACCAGGUGUUGGUGACAGGAGAUGAUCAAACUCGUCAAUUUGUCGAAACAUAUGCUCAAGACACCUUUGCCUUCUUCGAUGACUUCCAGAAUUCUAUGCUGAAAAUGGGUUCCUUAGGUGUGUUAACAGGGUCGAAUGGUGAGAUUCGUAGGAAUUGUCGUACAAUUAACUAAAUAUUUGGUAGCAUUACGAUGAAUUGAUGAGUAGUGUAAACUUUAUAUUUUAAUAUGAUUAGCUAAAUAAAAUUCUAAUUUUAUGACCAAA